AUGGAUCGCAGCGAGCAAGGUCUACUGAGAACAGACCCAGUACCCGAGGAAGGAGAAGAUGUUGCUGCCACUAUCAGUGCCAUUGAAACCCUAUCAGAGGAGGAGCGAGAAGAGCUAAGAAGAGAACUUGCUAAGGAAGAAGAAGAAAUCCAGACUCUGUCUCAAGUGUUAGCAGCAAAAGAAAAGCACCUAACAGAGAUCAAGCAGAAACUUGGGAUCAAUUCACUACAGAAACAAAAACAGAACAUUGCCAAAGGGUGGCAAGAUGUGACAGCCACGUCUGCGUUCAAGAAGACCUCUGAAACCUUAUCUCAGGCUGGACAGAAGGCUUCAGCUGCUUUUUCAUCUGUUGGAUCAGUCAUCACCAAAAAGCUGGAAAAUGUAAAAAACUCCCCAACUUUCAAAUAA